CUUCCUGCUCCUUCCGGAAGUGCGUCGAAGCCUCUUCAGAGUCCUGCUUCGUCGGCUUCUUUUGCCGGCUGGUCGCUUCUGAGGGCUCGACACGAUGAAGGCCAUUAUCCAGCGCGUCACACGGGCCAGCGUGGCAGUUGGUGGGGAACAGAUAAGUUCCAUUGGACAAGGCAUUUGUGUGCUAUUGGGUAUCUCUGUGGAAGACACUCAAAAAGAGAUCGAGCACAUGGUACGAAAGAUUUUAAACCUGCGUGUGUUUGAAGAUGAAAGUGGAAAGCAUUGGUCUAAAAGUGUAAUGGACAAGCAGUAUGAAGUGCUGUGUGUCAGCCAGUUUACUCUUCAGUGUAUCCUGAAAGGAAACAAGCCAGACUAUCAUAUGGCAAUGCCCACAGACCAAGCAGAGUCUUUCUAUAAUAGUUUCCUAGAACACCUUCGCAAAACAUACAAGCCAGAGCUCAUUAAAGAUGGCAAAUUUGGUGAAUAUAUGCAGGUACAUAUCCAGAACGAUGGACCUGUGACCAUAGAACUGGAAUCUCCUGCAGCCCCCAUUGAUUCUAAACAGCUGGCAAAACUUGAGAAACAACAACAGAGGAAAGAGAAGACCCGGAUGAAGGUGCCCUCUGAAUCUAGCAGAGAGAGAAAUGCUCCUAGAAGUAAAAAUGAUCCCAGUGCAAGCAGCGGGGCUGAGGGGGAUGUAUCUUCGGAAAGGGAACCGUAGCCUAUCAAAAGCAGCAGAAAAGCUCCAUAAGAAGCUGGUGACUUUCUGUAUUUAUUAAUGGAUGGCACUCAAUUCGUACUUGAAAAAAUUGAGGACAGAAAGAGAAUUUGAAACAGAAGAAGUUAUUUGCAUCAUGCUGUAUUCAAGAACAACCAAAGGAAUGCUAUCUGUCUUCAUUGCUAAUAUGCUUAAAAUUGGGGGUAGUAAAUGACAUUUUCCUGUUUUUGGGGGGGUCAGUUCUUACAUUGUCGUUGAAGUGUUUCUGCCAUUUCCUUGUGGUUAGGUCCCAUGUAACUGGGAAGUAACUACAUCAUCCACAUUGUUUUUGGCAGAGGUCUACACAUGAUCUCAUUAUGGCAAGGUUCUCUACCUACUCCCACACUCCUACCCCCUGGUAAGGCUACUAGUGGUUGGGGAGAGCGGUUGGAGGAGUGGGGGACCGAGGAUGAUCCCUGCAGCUCCGCUGUGCUUUGGAUGUGCUCCUAGGACCUUGGCAAAGAAGCAUUCCCUCUCCAUCUCAAUAAUCAGAAAGAACCUGAAGCUCAUCUGUGUUGUGCUGCUCUUUUGUGUCAUUCUCUGAUUCUCCUCCUGAACCUGGAGCUGGGGUGGGGGUCGGGAUUGCCUGCAAUCUCAUGCUAUGCUUCAGAGGCACUUGGAACACCUUCAGAGCUCUGCAUGAUGUUACAGCUAAGUACUGUACCCUUCCCCAAUUUUGGGGGGGUGGCUGGGCCAGGUCCUGGUAACCACAAGUUAAUUUAUUAGUAGUAGUAGUAGUAGUAGUUUAUUCUGCCUUUCUGAAAACUAUCAAGGGGGUGUAUAGCAAAUCAAGAACAACCUCAUCAUCAAGAAUAUUCAAAACCAAAAACAUUACAAAAUUGUGGACCCCUGAUUUCUGGAUAUAUACAACCAUUACACAAGAAUUGUACAGGCUGCCUUCUGACAUCAUUCUGGUGGCAUGGGUGCCAGACUCCUUUCUGCGCUGUCAGGAAAUACGAGAGGAGCCAGGCCAUGUGCUGCAGCUCCUCCCCCCCUUCCAGAAUCUGAAGCCAUGCUGUCGUAGAGAGGACCUGCAGCAUAGGUUCCUCCUAUGUGGCACGAGGCUUUUUCUGUUACCUUGGUGACAGAGGAAGGAACUGCCUGCAGCAGCUCUCUGACCACCGGCAUAUGUAAGAAAGGGUCCACCGUUACUGAAUGAAGAAUGGUUGUUUUUUCUAUGCAGGUUGUAACAGUGCUAUUCGUGUGUUCCAUUUUGAUAAAAAGCUUUUCCUUACAUUUUCACUUCUAAAGAGUAAGCUUUUAUUUUGAUUCUGUUGAUGUGAUGUCAUCUUGUGUCUCUUCAUAGCACUGUAUUUGUGUGUUGUCUGUGUGUGGCUGUAAAAUCUGUGGGAAAUAAUUGAAUUUAAAUGAGACUGAUCUGCCUCUUUAUCCUUGUGUGUGUGUGUGUGUUAAACUUUUUGAAAAAGGGAAAAACUUUGUUAAUAAAGUGUGCCACCUGAAUAUUU